CCCUUUGUUCUUCUUAUCUCUCAUUCAGUUGUUCUUCCUUUUCUUAAAAUUCUUUGUGUUCUUGGUGUCAUUUUUCAAUAUCUUAUUCGUUACAGGUUGUCCAAGUCUAGUUCCUCAUCAGAUAUUCAACCCCAUAUACAUGAAGUGCCUUUUACACUCAACAGAGAACUUCUGGCUGCAAAAUCUGCCAAGGCAGCUGCUUUACUUGUAGGGAAUUCCCAAGAAGACCUCUCUUUACUCUUUCAAGACAUACCAGCUGACCCUGAAACUUUUGAGCUCGUUGCUAGGUUUUGCUAUGGAUUUGAAGUGCAGAUUUCGACUGAGAAUGUUGUAUCCCUCAUCUGCCUUGCUAACUACCUUGAGAUGACAGAAAGUCACAGCGCAAACAACUUAUUGAGAAAGUCUCUUACCUUUUUUGAACAAAGAGUCCUCUCAAGCUGGAACGAAACCGUCAAGGCUUUUCGUAUGAUGGAAAGCAUCCUUCACCAAGCCCUGGAUCUUGGUCUAGUUGAUGCAUGUUUAGAGUCUAUAAUUCAGAAGGUAUUAGCCGACCCUCACCUUCUUGGAGAACCUGCUCAAAACACAGAAAAUGAUUGUGAUAGUGAGGACAAUGAACGGUUUAGGCCAAAUGUGAGGAGAAGGCUAUUUGCUACUACUGAUUGGCAAUCAGAGGAUUUGACAAUGCUGUCUCUCCAGCUCUACAAACCCACUAUUCGUGCGAUAAAACAGCAUCGAGUCCCAUCAGAAUACAUUUCUGCAUCAAUUUUUCAAUAUGCAAGAAAAUGGGUGCUUUCUAGCAGCAUCGAUGAGGAGAAUAUGUCGAUUUACAAGAGGAACUCGAUGAGGGAAAUCAUUGAGGCAGUGGAACGGCUUUUGCCUAAUGAGAAAGGGCUCCUUCCAAGCACAUCAUUAUUUGAAAUGUUGAGGUUUGCUAUUGCCUUGGAAGCUAGCUCUGAUUGUAGGAAUGGCUUCGAGAUCAGAAUCGGAAAACAACUAGACCAGGCUAUGGUCAAAGACCUCUUGAUACCUUCUCAAGGCUAUGCUAAGGAAGUACGGUAUGAUAUCGAGUCUAUCAGAAGAAUCCUGAAGCAUUUCUACAGCAAUUACAAUGGCUCCAGUAUUUCAGGGUUAAUCACGGUGGCAGAACUCAUUGAAAAACUUUUAGCUGAGGUUGCCAGUGACAGAGAUUUGAAGGCAGAAACAUUUGUAUCACUAGCGGAGAUGUCAGUGGCAGCGUCGUUAGGUACACACCGAAAUUCUGAUGGAAUCUACAGAGAUAUUGACAUUUAUCUUGACAAGCAUAGAUACCUAACAGAGAUGGAGAGGGAAGAGGUGUGCCGGGUUUUGGAUUGUCAAAAAAUGUCUCAUGACGCUUGUGAACACGCAGCAAAAAAUGAAAGAUUACCAUUAAGGUUUGUGGUACAAGUGCUGUUUAUCGCACAGUUGCAGCUGCGCAACACAAUCACAAAGGAGAUGCAAUGUGUUGAUAACAAAUUGAGAAACGAAAACGUGGAAGAAGAAAUGGAGAAUGAAGUGAAGAAGGUGGGUUCGGGUGAGGAAGAAGUAAAGACAGAAAUGAAGUUGAUGAGUAGCAAAGUGAUGGAGUUAGAGAGGGAAUGUCAUAUGAUGAAGGAGGAGAUUAUAAGUGGGUGUAGUAGCCAGAGAGCCAAGAAAGGGAAGACCAGCAUUUGGAAGGAAAUGAAGAGGAAAAUUGGGUGCAUGAGUAGCAUUCAUCACUAUAACUGCCAAUCAAAGAAGAAGAAACUGUAUCCAAAACAUGGGGAUACUUCUUUACCUUGUGGAAGGAAGCUGGAAGCACCGGCUUUUACGCCCUAG